CACAACUUCAGGUCAUACGUAUCAGUUAGUUCACAUGUUUGCUACGAAUAUACAAAAAUAAUUAAAAUCGUAUCAGUAUCAAUGACUGAAAACAUAAAAAUUUUUAAACUCUGACUCGGGAUGCCUAGUGCAAGACGUAAUUCAAAUCGUAACUUUAAUGGACGUGUACCAUUAAAUAUUUAUCAAGUUCCUCCAUCGCAGUCAUUGUCAACAACAGUAACAACAAAUGUAACCUCCAAUGUAUCAACGAACUCAUCAUCAAUAAACGAUGAAAAAAAAUAUAACGAUAAUGUAAAUAAACUUCUAGCACCAAAACAUGUACCAAUACCGACUGUCCCAGUUGAUGAGCAGCUCAUAUUUGAAGCUAUUUCUCUUGGUAUAUCUGUAAUUGCGGCAUGUUUACAAUUGUUGAAUUUAUAUCGCACUGUCUGGUGGUUACCGCAGUCUUACAAUGACAACAGUAUGAAUUUUUAUCUUAUAGAUCCUUAUUUAAUUAUAUUUAUAAUAACAAUGAUAACUAGGAGAUUUGUCUAUGCAUUACUAAGGAGAUUGGUUGACUCAAUUAGUCCAGUUAGAUGGAUACCAAUAUCACAAAAAGUAAUGAGAACCAUUUUACUUGCAAUCACACUAGCGAUAUUAAUAUUUUGCCUGUAUUUAAUAAGUCAACGGCACAAUUCUAUGAAAGUCUUCUAUCUUUGCUAUCCAAGUAUAUCUGUAUAUUUUUUCAUGUUCGGUGUGAGUAUCGAUCCAUUUUUUGACAUCACGAGUGCGCCUUUAUACAUCAAAGAAGAUCGAAAAACUAAAUUUUUAUUAGACAAACCUUUGCAUAAUUGUUCAUUAAAUGCAUCCGCAAUAAGAGCAGAAGUAUCAAGUUUACGAUAUGACUUCAACUGUAGAUUAAAACGCGCUCUUUUUGCAUCAUCUGGUAGCGCUUAUGUAUGUGGGAUAGCACCAAUUAUUUUUGUACCUCAAUAUCUUCAUUUUAAUAUGUCGUGGAUUAUUCAACAUAUUGUACUUUUUUGGCUGGGAAGAUUAAGCGCACAUUUUGCUCAAGCUUAUCCAGUCAGAUAUUGUGAUGUAUUACAUCGCGCAGCACUACAUCUAGGUAAAUGGUCUAAAAUAGACAGCCGUAAUGUUCAUUUGGCAGCACAAUCAUGGAACGAUAGUACACUUUGGCCCCAUGGAUCGAUAGUUAAACAUAACAAAGAAUUUUAUCGAUCCAAUGGUCUUUGUACUGCCGCCGAACCUGGAAAUUCAAGUCACUACCGAUUUUACACACUUUUUAAUAAUCCAACAAUGCUCUUAUGUUCAUUGCUGGGAUUACAACUGCUAUUAGUAUCAGUACAACUAUUGAUACUAAUGCGUGCUGUCGAGUGGUACCAGAUUCUAUCAAUGACAUUAUUGUUAAUAACGAACUAUUAUACUCUUUUUAAAUUAGCGCGGGAUUUUCUCGUGUGCUGGAAAGUUUAUCGUGCUGAAAAAAUUAUACAAGAAAAAGCACAAACUGCCAUAAAUACUAAUCAAUAAAUUAUAAAUUUAUUUAAACACUGAAAUUAGUAUUUUUUAUUAUCGUUACAAUCAUUUUAAUUUUUUCUGUUAAUUUGUUUUUUUUUUGUUUGUUGUGUAAUUAUUUGUUUUAAGUGUCGUAUUAUU